AUGCCAGAUGAAAACAGAGUAGCGGACGAUAACGUCUCAUUCACUGAUGUCGGCGACCCAACUGGAGGUGGGGCUCGUCAAGGAUCAUCUGGAAUGCUUGAUUUGCUCGGAUCGUUGGAAAAGAAAAAAGAGGCAAAGAAGAAUAAGAAGAAGAAAGCAACGAAAAAGAAGAAAAAGGAGAAAACCAAGUAUAAGAAAGUCAGAAAAGUGGAUAAAUAUGAAUCUCAAAACUUUUUGUAUCGUGUCGAAGGAUCAAUGUUUUGUGCUGGAAUUAUCGUUGGAUUGAUCAUGAUUCUGACAUUUAUCAUUCUUGGAAUCGUCUUCUCAGUGAGAACCAAUGGAAAUAUGGUUAGUUACAUGUCACCUUGGUGGGGAACUGCAGAUGAGGCAAAAGAUGAUUCUGGAGAAGAUUAA